AUGAAUUGCGUGGGAGGGUCGGUGUACGCAAACGCCAUGGCGCAGUUUGCGAUAUGCCGUCAGCCGUGGAACGAGUACAUCAACCUCCUCACCAAGCAGGAUGCAACGCCCUACCACGUGGAGCCGCAGGAGAAACCAGCCUACCGUGGUCGCAAGCGUGGACGUGAGGGUUGGCUUUUCGGCCAGCAAGUGCAGCUGCAUUAUCACCGGUUUCCUGACGAACAUCUACUGACGAACCUUACCCGUUGGCGUACAGGCGAGACGGUGGGCGACAUUGCCCUGCAGCAGUUCCGAAACGCCCAGCCGUUUGACAUUGAGGAUAAGGACUCACAGGGGAUGCAACGCCCCUCCCCGGAAGUGUAUAUGAAACUAAACUAUAAGAAUCCAGCCACCAUUUCUCGCUUCUUAACCCGCACAGGGCACAUGUACCCUGCAGAUAUUCUUCCACUCAACCCAGAGGCUGUUGUGAAGCUUCGUUUGGCGAAGGCACAAGCCAUACGAAUCGGUCUCUACCCACGUUUUGGGAAUCCAUUUUGGUUCCGCUCUCAGAAGUUCCGACCGAAGGCGUACCAAGAGAACUACGACCCUACGACGUACUCAACGAAACACACAAUGGAACACUUUGCUUACAAUUGGGCGCAGACAGACCGCAUCCGACGGUAUUUCAAGGAGCUGGAAAGGUUGCAGAAGAAUGCGUCGACUGGGGGUCGCGGUGGAAGUGCCACGACAGCGGAGCAGAAGCAGCAAGAUCAAUUUUACUCCCCGGAGAACCAGUCCAUAUCUAUGCACCGCAACAACGCAUCAUACGCGGCGGAUGUAGAGCGUUCCAUAAAGAACCCAACGGUUCCGGGGCUCAUGUCGACUAAGGGCAUGAAGAAGAAGUUCUACAACUUGUACUCUUCCACGUCGACGAAGCGUAUGGGAUUCUCCAACCCAACCUUGGGGAUCAAAAAAGUGUGA